AUGCAGUCGCUCCCCGAUGCGCGAUCGCAAAGCUUCGAGGAGCUCUACGGCCCUCCCGAGAACUUUCUGGAGAUCGAGGUCAGAAACCCAAUGACACACGGCGUUGGCCGUGGCAUGUACACAACCUACGAAAUCGUAAUGCGAACCAACAUCCCCGCCUUCAAGCUCAAGUCGUCGACGGUGCGCCGCCGCUACAGUGAAUUCGAGGCUUUCCGCGAUAUCCUCGAGCGCGAGUCGGCGCGCGUCACAAUACCUCCGCUGCCGGGCAAGGUCCUCACCAACCGCUUCUCCGACGAUGUGAUUGAGCACCGGCGCGAAGGCCUACAGCGCUUCCUCCAGAUUGUCGUGGGCCACCCGCUGCUGCAGACGGGCAGCAAGGUCUUGGCCGCAUUCGUACAGGAUCCCAACUGGGACCGACACGCAUGGUAG